CCUGUCUUGAAAAACCGGAGCGUUUGAAAAUUGCGGGUGGGGCAACACGGAUGUCUAGAGACUAUACUAUACUGACUUCUCCUUUCCGAGAUUAUUACAAAUACGGACGAACUUAUUUACAGGCAUAAUAGGCUUUGAAAUAGUCUUCAUUAACAAUUGUUUGGAUGAAAACCAGAACGUCAAAUUAAUGCAUGUGUGAAGCAGCUAGUGAAGAUGUGUCUCCCUGGUAUCUUCAUUGUUACUCUUUUGACCCUCUCAAUUCCUGCUGUCCAUGGUGGGAAAGUCCUGGUGUAUCCUCAAGACGGCAGCCACUGGGUCAACAUGAAGGUCAUUAUUGAAGCGCUGCAUUCAAGAGGUCACAGUGUGUCAGUAGUACGGCCAUCAGACAGCUGGUACAUCAAGGAGACCUCCCCUCACUACAGUUCAAUCACAAUUGAUAUUCCAGGUGGAGCUGAUGAGGAAUUCUUUAGCUCAUUUGUGUCGAGACAAAUACAGAUACAGAGAGAGGGAAAGUCUGCGUGGACUCGUUUUAGUUUGGACAUGGAGUUGAAGGACAGAUUUUCUGAAAUGCACCGCAAAGUGUGUGAGAUGGUAAUCCAAAUGUUAGAGAAUAAACAGUUGAUGCAGUCUAUUAGAGAAACCAAGUAUGACUUGGUUCUGACAGACCCAGCGAAUGGGGGAGGCGUUGUGCUGGCGCACUAUUUAAAUGUGCCCCUUGUUUUCAAUGUUAGAUGGACUAUACAUGGUGAGGCUCAUUUUGCUAUUGCGCCCUCUCCCCUAUCUUAUGUUCCAUUUCCAGUUGCAGAGUUAACAGACAAGAUGAGUUUUUUUCAGAGGGUCCGUAACUUCCUUGUUUAUGUCAUCAGGCAGCAUCUGUACAGACAGACAGUGGGACCUCAUUAUUCAGCUUUGGUUAGUCGUUACUUUGGUCCUGAGGUCGACUACUUCUCAUUGUUUCAAGCUGCUGAUUUAUGGCUCAUGAGAGUUGACUUUGUUUUUGAGUUCCCUCGUCCCACCAUGCCUAAUAUUAUCUAUAUGGGAGGGUUCCAGUGUAAACCUGCCAAGCCUCUUCCCCAAGAACUGGAGGAGUUUGUUCAGAGUUCUGGAGAGCAUGGAGUCAUUAUCAUGUCUUUGGGGACUUUAAUUGGACAAUUUCCACAUGAUGUAGCUGAUGAGAUAGCUGCUGCUUUUGCCCAACUGCCUCAGAAGGUAAUCUGGAGGUACAAAGGAGAAAGGCCAGCUACUCUGGGCAACAACACCUUACUAGUUGACUGGAUGCCUCAGAAUGAUCUUUUAGGACAUCCAAAGACAAGGCUGUUUGUAGCUCACGGAGGAACAAAUGGGAUUUUCGAGGCUAUCUACCACGGUGUUCCAAUAGUAGGCCUUCCUCUGGUGUUCGACCAACCUGACAAUCUUUCUAGAAUGAAAGUGAAGGGUGUGGCAAAGGUUGUGGAUUUAGCAACACUAGAUAGAAACAUAUUCUCCCAAGCCUUACAGGAAGUUCUGAAUGAGCCGUCCUACAGGAUGAACAUGCAGAGACUCUCCAGGCUACACAGGGACGUGCCAAUGGAGCCCCUGGACACUGCCCUCUUCUGGAUUGAGUUUGUCAUGAGACACAAAGGUGCUGCUCACCUGCGUACAGAGUCCUACAGAAUGCCCUGGUACUCCUACCACUCUGUAGAUGUAAUGGUGUUUUUACUGGCUCUGGUGUUUUUUACUCUGUUGGCUUUCAUUGGCAUUAUCAGAUGUUUCUGUUGCAGGGCAUGUUUGAAAAUAAAAAUGAAAGAGGAAUGAUUAUGGAUUUCAUCUGUACAGAGUGUGGUACAUACAAUAUCUGUACAGAGUGUGGUACAUACAAUAUCGGUACAGAGUGUGGUACAUACAAUAUCGGUACAGAGUGUGGUACAUACAAUAUCUGUACAGAGUGUGGUACAUACAAUAUCGGUACAGAGUGUGGUACAUACAAUAUCGGUACAGAGUGUGGUACAUACAAUAUCGGUACAGAGUGUGGUACAUACAAUAUCGGUACAGAGUGUGGUACAUACAAUAUCGGUACAGAGUGUGGUACAUACAAUAUCGGUACAGAGUGUGGUACAUACAAUAUCUGUACAGAGUGUGGUACAUACAAUAUCUGUACAGAGUGUGGUACAUACAAUAUCUGUACAAAGUGUGGUACAUACAAUAUCUGUACAAAGUGUGGUACAUACAAUAUCUGUACAAAGUGUGGUACAUACAAUAUCUGUACAGAGUGUGGUACAUACUUGUUUUCUCACUCAUUAUACUUUUUGUUCACGUGACAAAUACAGUUGAAGUCAGAGGUUUACAUACACCUUAGUCAAACAAUUCCUGACAUUUAAUUAUAGUAAAAAGUCCCUGUCUUAGG